CUAUGAGCGGUUCGAUCCUAUCUAACUGUACUCUACAAUAGCCAUAUUCUGAGAAUUCUGCAGCAUUAUGUACACGACGAAAAGGCAAAGCGUGGAGUUGGAACGCAGGCACGAUGUACGUACGAGCAUGUAUGGAGUAACUGUAGCUGCAUUCUGCUGUAUCUUGCAUCUGACAAUUAGCCGAGGCAUUUUCGGCAGAACGAUCAAACAAUGGGGGACUGGGGAAUGUACCCCUCCUCCCUCUCUUGUGUCUCCAUGACCUCCCGUCGCGUGCCCAACUCCACUGGCCCAGCCUCGUGGUGCUUUUGGAAAUUAAAU